UCGAGGCUCCUUUAUGGUGACGUCACAUGUUUUGGCUGCGUAAGUUUGUGCCGCUGUUUGUCACGAGCGAAUGUUGGUCUCCAUUUAGGACGAGCUGCGCCGCCUGGAGUGAAUUCCUGGCCACUGUUCGCAUGUCAUACGUUUGAUGUCACGCUUUAGAGCCGAGUGCUUUGGGCCAACAGGCUGUUGAAGGGGCAGAAGAAGAAAAGUUCGACCACCAACAUGUCGACGCCGCUGUCGAAGCCUCAGAUCAUCGCGCACAUCCAGAAGAGCUUAAACUACACGGUGUUCGACUGCAAGUGGGUCCCGUGUUCGGCCAAGUUCGUGUGUCUCGGGAACUUUCCUCGCGGCACCGGUGUGAUGCAGAUCUACCAGGUGCAGCACGGAGAAGCUCAGCUGCUGAAGGAGGUGGAGAAAUCCAAACCUUUGAAAUGCGGGACGUUUGGGGCGGCCUCGCUGCAACAGAGACACAUGGCCACCGGAGACUUCGAUGGGAAUCUACAGAUAUGGGAUCUGGAGAGGCCCGAGUUGCCGGUCUACAAAGUCAAGGCCCAUAAAGAGAUUCUCAACAGCAUUGAUGGCGUGGGGGGGCUGGGCAUCGGAGACGGGGCGCCGGAGAUCGUCACGGGGAGCAGAGACGGGACAGUGAAGGUGUGGGACCCUCGUCAGAAAGACUCGCCUGUUGCCAACAUGGAGCCGCUAGAAGGAGAAACCAAGCGAGACUGCUGGACAGUGGCUUUUGGCCACGCCUUCAACGACCAGGACCGCUGCGUGUGUGCUGGCUAUGACAACGGGGACAUCAAGCUCUUUGACCUGAGGAACAUGUCUCUGCGGUGGGAGACCAACAUCAAAAACGGGGUGUGUUGUGUGGAGUUUGACAGGAAAGACAUCAACAUGAACAAACUGGUGGCCACGUCGCUGGAGGGCAAGUUCCACGUCUUUGACAUGAGGACUCAGCAUCCCUCCAAAGGCUUCGCCUCCGUCUCGGAGAAGGCCCACAAGUCGACGGUGUGGCAGGUUAAACACCUGCCCCAGAACAGAGAGGUCUUCAUGACGGCCGGCGGCGCUGGUAACCUGCAUCUGUGGAAGUACGAGUAUCCAGCUCAGCGGAGCAAGAAGGACUCGGAGGGCCUGGAGGUGGGAGUGGCUGGCUCCGUCAGCCUGCUGCAGAACGUCACGCUGUCCAGCCAGCCCAUCGCCAGCGUGGACUGGAGCCCCGACAAACAGGGCCUGUGUGUGUGCGCCGGCUUUGACCAGACGGUGCGUGUGCUGAUCGUGACCAAGCUCAACACCGUGUGAGCCGCCGCUGCUCGGUCACGGUCAUGAAAUACCUGUCCAGAAACACGUUUGUCUUCACAUUAAACCUGACUUU